UCUGCGCUUGGCUAACAAUAGCCUGGGCUCGGCAAGUUUUAUAGCUAAAAAAAAAAUCAGGCGAGGGCGGCAGAGCGGAGCAGGUCUGAGCCUCCGGAGGAGCAGGACUUUUCGGAAUACAUGAGACGCUGUGAGCCGGCGGAGGAAAAACACUCAAACCGACAGCAACGACAUUUGAAUUUGCUGUCAGACAUUUGGAGCGGUCGGCCGCAGCCUGUCUGAAGAUGUCCGAUAAUGGGGAGGUUGAGGACAAGCCUCCAGCUCCGCCCAUGAGAAACACCAGCACCAUGAUCGGUUCGUGCAACAAGGACGCCGUCCCGCUCAACCACGGCUCCAAACCCCUCCCACCAAACCCAGAGGACAAGAAGAAUAAGAAGGACCGCUCCAUCCGAUUCAUCCUGACGGGCGGAGGCGACAAAACCUAUAAGAAGAAGGAGCGUCCAGAGAUUUCUCUGCCGUCUGACUUUGAGCACACCAUCCACGUUGGCUUCGAUGCCGUCACCGGGGAGUUUACAGGCAUGCCGGAGCAGUGGGCCCGGCUGCUGCAGACGUCCAACAUCACCAAGUUGGAGCAAAAGAAGAAUCCUCAGGCCGUGCUUGAUGUUUUAAAGUUCUACGACUCCAAGGAGACGUCCAACAGCCAGAAAUACAUGAGCUUCACAGAUAAAAACCUAGACGUGUACAGCUCCUCCACCACAACGAGCACCAAAGCCGUGUUGGAGACUCCCGCCAUAGCAACCGUAUCCGAGGAUGAAGACGAGGAGGAGGUGGAGCCCCCGCCGGUGGUUGCGCCCCGUCCAGAACACACAAAAUCAAUCUACACUCGCUCAGUCAUCGAACCCCUCCCACCUCCGUCAACCAAAGAUGCAGCCACCUCCCCCAUCUCACCACCAACGGCGGCGGCGGCGGCAGUUACCCCCGCGCCCCCUGCCGAGGCCGCUCCCAGCAGUCCUCCCAGUGCCAGCCCCGCCCCUGGUCCUUCUCUGCCCCACUCACAAGACAAAACCAGGAAGAAGAAGAUGUCCGAUGAGGAGAUUCUGGAGAAGCUACGGACAAUUGUGAGCGUGGGAGACCCCAAAAAGAAAUACACGCGAUUCGAGAAGAUCGGACAGGGUGCGUCUGGGACCGUAUACACAGCUAUAGACAUCGCCACAGGACAGGAGGUUGCCAUAAAACAGAUGAACCUGCAGCAGCAGCCCAAGAAGGAGCUAAUCAUCAACGAGAUUCUGGUGAUGAGGGAAAACAAGAACCCAAACAUAGUCAACUACCUGGACAGUUACCUGGUGGGUGAUGAGCUCUGGGUUGUCAUGGAGUAUCUGGCAGGAGGAUCUCUGACGGAUGUCGUCACAGAAACCUGCAUGGAUGAAGCCCAGAUAGCCGCUGUGUGCAGAGAGUGUCUUCAGGCCCUGGAGUUCCUUCACUCCAACCAGGUCAUCCAUCGGGACAUCAAGAGCGACAACAUCCUGCUGGGCAUGGACGGCUCUGUCAAACUCACUGACUUUGGCUUCUGCGCUCAGAUCACGCCGGAGCAGAGCAAGCGCAGCACCAUGGUGGGGACUCCAUACUGGAUGGCUCCGGAGGUCGUGACUCGCAAAGCGUACUGCCCCAAAGUGGACAUUUGGUCUUUGGGCAUCAUGGCCAUCGAGAUGGUUGAAGGAGAGCCACCAUACUUAAAUGAGAAUCCUCUUAGAGCGCUUUAUCUUAUUGCAACCAACGGGACCCCAGAGCUGCAGAAUCCAGAGAAGCUGUCAACGAUAUUCAGAGACUUCUUAAACCGAUGUCUGGAGAUGGACGUGGAGAAGAGAGGCUCUGCUAAAGAGCUCCUGCAGCAUCAGUUUCUGAAGAUGGCGAAGCCUCUUUCCAGCCUCACCCCCCUGAUUCUCGCAGCCAAGGAGGCAGCCAAGAACAACCGCUAGCUAGCUAGCUAGCUUUGUUUUUCUCCCCCACCUCCUCCUGGCGUCCGGCGUCGUUCACAGGAAGGUGGCGUUGUAUGUGCUUCUGGCUGGAUUAUGACGUUCUUCAAACGCCUUCCGUCUUUGUUUUUUGUAAAGUUGCUUCGACUGUUAUUUUCCUCCACUCUUACCUUUGACCCCUGAGUCUUGACCCCCCCCCCUCCUGCACAUCUCCUGGGGAGAACGAAGGAUGAACUUCAGAUCGCUGUGGAACAGAACAUCUCAACGGAGCCCAAAGAAGUGAAACGGCGUCCCGGUCCAGCACAGCCAGCCUUUACGUGUGCGUGUGCGAGAGCUUUUAGUCGGUGAAGCUGUAGGUACUUUUAUCUGUUGUCACGGUAACGCACGUGUUGGUCCCUUGCUGCCCGCAGCAUCACCUCCUGUAGGUUUAGGUGUAUAUCCGGAGAGGUUUAGUUUUGUCUGAACGCGGCUGCGCCCAGAGCCACUGAUGGAUGGAGUUUGGACAUAGAAUCUCGGCGCUGCUCACAGAGGGGGCGGAUGGGGUUUUUUUUGGGCAGAUGGGGGUUUUUAGGGCAGUUUUGCUCAAUUUUAUAGGCUGAGGCCUUUAUCCUCUUCAGAAUCCUCUGGAUCAGGAAAAAUGCUGGCUUUUGGGAGGUCAGUGUGAAAAGCUGAUUUAAAGUCAUUUUUAAAUGUUUUUAAGAGGAUUUCUAGAAAAAAAAAGACAAAUAAAAUGAUUCAAAUGGAUAUCAGUAAGUUCAACCAAAAACAAAGCUUUUUGUGUAGUAUUUUAGGUAAUAAGAUGAUUCCUCCAGUGACACAUUGACUUAAAAACACCUACGGCAUUCAGCCAAUACCUAAAAAAUAUGAAAUAGUAAUUGUGAAUAUCCUUGCAGAAACCUGAAACAGCAUUGAAUUGUAAUGAGUUCCGAUCAUCUAAGGUUACUUUUGCUCAUUGGGGUCAAUAUGUUAGGUUCUGCAUUUGUUUUUGCUUUUUUUUAGUGAUCCAUUAAAAUAGCCUUUUUAGUAUUUCGCGAUAAAUGUACUUUUUGUUUUUAUUUGUAGUUUUGUGUUAUGACUUUUGAUAGAAACAGAUACUAAUAACAUCAUCAAAUUAAAAAGUUGAACAGCUUUGUUCUCUGUGCGUUUUGGUUAAAGAAAAGUAAAAAAAAAAAUCAACUUUUGGUCAUUUUUUAUGUAGUUUGUCUUUAAUUCCAUAUCUUUGUUUGUGGCGUGGUAAAAAGGCGGUAGGCAGAGGAUAUUUCCCCCUUUUCUUUUAUGUUAGAGUCCUGCGCUGUGGAUCUUUCUGUCCCUCAAAGGUUUUUCAUUGUGAAGCUGCGUUUGCGUUUUUUUCCUGCGGCAGACACCUGAUUGAUCCGCGAUAAACAGAACCAAACUGACAGGAUCUGACAGACCAGGAGCAGUUUCCUUCGCUCCCCGAGAGAUCACAUCUCACUCUGAUGAUGACGUCCUGUCUGCCUGACAUGUGAACACUGAUAAACGCAUUUAUCCGGCUGCUCUGCGUCACAUUUGUGCUGCUUUAAAUAAAAGGCCGGCCUCGUUUUGGGCUUGUUUCAGCAUUUAAUGGCUCAGCUCAGUUUCCCACUUUUGCUUUAAUGAGAAGCUUCAUCUGUUUGAGGUAGAUAUGAAUGAUGUGAACUUUAAUCUGGUUUCCCUUAAUUAUUCUGGAAAAUGGAAACAAAUUCCAAACAUUUUCAUAAUGUAACUGUCAAGCGAUUGAGCUCGACUUAUCCUCCGGAUGAAAAGUCGUGUUAUUUAAAGCUCUGUGAUGUGAAAUGGGCUCGCCGAGGUGCAGGGCGCCCUGCCUGUCAGGCGCCGCAUUAAAAAGGUUAAUAUCUGAAUGAAGGAGGAAAAUGAGGUUUAGGGGGGGGGUACUGUCAAGCUGGCUCCAUCUGCGGCUCUGGGACGUCACAGUCUGUGGGCUCGUUGAGAAGCUGUGAUGACGAGAAUGUGCAUGAAAACCUUUUUAUACGGUAUGCUUAAGAGGAAACGCAAAGUCAAGUAUGAAAGCCCUACAAUGGAAAUGAAAGAGACUGGUGUACGAUGGGGGAAAACACAACUUCAUCCUAUUUUCAGAAGAAACUUGAGAAAACGAUGAAGGCACUGUGUUGUUGUUGUUGUUGGUUUUUUUGGCCUGGAGCCCCGUGAACACAAUCUGUUUAUUUUCUGUGCUAAAGAACAAAAUAAAUCCGUCUUUUCCCAGUUUUUCCUUAAGGACUGCGCUUCUGGUUGUCGUCAAAAAGCUUUUUUUUUUGUUCUUUUCUGGAAAACAAAGACUAAAACUGUCACUUUGAUUUCUACUUUUAAAGGUUUGUUAAAGAUUUUGUUGUUGUUUAUUGUAGUGACUAUGUGACUCUGGCCUUAAACUGUGUCAAAGGUGCAAUACUGCUUUUGUAACAGUCUGAUGGUUGUGAUACACUGCAAUAUUUUAUUUGAUUUGAUUUGAUUUUAAAGUCCCACUCCGAUCAUCUUUGGAUCUAAUUUCAAAGUGUCCCCAGUGUCCUUUUGAUUAGGAUUAUGCUGUUUUGAGCCUAAAUUUUAAAAAACUGUGUCAUUUUCUAGGACAAAGUUUCUGCAGAGCGGCUGGAGUUCAUUAAAAAAUUCCCCGAUGGGUAGUUGCUGUGAAGCAACUCCGCCCCCACUUCCCAUCACUGUUGCUGAGAGCUCAGAGCAGGCAGUUUGAGGCCCGCUCAGCUUAUUUUCUGCAAACAAUCUUUUUUCAUCUUUUUUUGAUUCACAACGAUUUAAAUAAAGAAAUACUGUGAAGCAGAA